AUGGUAACUUCUAUAGUCAGCACCAUCGCGGCGGCAAUCCUUCUCCUCGGAGCCAUCGCGCUUUUACGCCUCUUAAACCAAGGGAGCGCACAAUUGGGCGUGAUAGCUAUGUUUAUGGUCCUCUUCGCAGUGAGCGUUGGGGUUUUGACAAAUGCGCGGAGAUCAGAGAUAUUUGCUUCCACGGCCGCUUGCGAGUCUAAAGGCAAUCCCCCCUACCUCUUGCUAGUUACCAUGGACCCCAACCAAUCCGAUUCCUCAAAGGAGGAAGGCCAGAAGAUCAAAGGGGAUAAUGUGUUUAACACAAUCCGCGAAAUGCAGGCUGGAAGCGUGGAUGUCUUCAAUGUCCGUAGCCAAAGACUAACGUCCUCCAAUCAACCAAAGGAGGAGGAGAAGAGUCCUUAUAGUGCGCUUGGCUCCGGCGGAGACACCUUCAUGGGUAAUGAGAAUCCCGAGGGUGAGAACUAG